AUGAGGUGGAAGCACUGUGAGGUGCAAGGUGAUAGGACUUUAUGCAAUCUAACGAAACUACUGAACAAACUUCAGAAAGAUCACAGAGAUGACAUCUAUCUCUACACCUCUGGGCACUUGAAUUCCAAUAAGCUCUACAGGCCACCUGAGACAAUCCUAUAUCACUGGCCCAAUGCCAAUAGACCAAAAGGGGAAAAAAUCUUCAAAAUAGAAAAGCCAUCGGAUAAGAAGAUUGCAAAGAUGAAAGAUGCUUUGGCUUAUUUUGCCAUCAAUACAGCUCUGAGUCCAAAAGAUGCCCAGACCACACCACUGUUCAGGUAUUUGAACCCUCUGGAGCAUAUUUCCCACACUUCAGAAGAGGACUUCUUUCCAGGGAAGGCUCCAGGAAGAGAGGCUUCUCCAGAACUGCGGAGAAGAGAAGAGCUGAGACUGCCAGAGAUGAAGGUUCUCAAGUACAGAACAGUGGAGUCCAGCCGUCAGUGUGUGAUGUCUCCCCGACCCAAGGAUGAGUACCGGUACAUCAGCUCCUACUUAGCUGGCAUAACAAAGGCAGACAAGUAUAAGAAGUUCCUGUGUUUCCAAAAAGAAGUUCUUGCAAAGCAAGAUCUCACGAAGCACGAUUUCACUGGGAUCAAGGCAGCAAUAUGCCAUGAAAAGAAGUUGGAACAGGAGCUCCAGAAAGUGUGCGUGUGUGACCCUCAGCAGUUCAACAGACUGCACGUCUUCAGAGAAGUCUUUGAAGAUAUUUGCAAUAGUUCUUUGAUAUUUGGUGAUAUCUUGAAAGAAGUUAAGGAUGAAUAUGAACUCUACAUGGCAAUACUUCUGCAGUCCCACCCCCCAUCACAGUGUAAGACUCUGCUGGCUAAUGCCAAGGGACUGGAGAAGAGAUCAGUGAAGACUGCAGAUGUCAACCAGGCCAAGGAGGAGCUGAGGGUGAUGGUGAUGGCCACCAAAGCAGCCCUGGAGCAUAAUGACAAACUCAGAAGUGAACUAGAGAUGGAAAACACAUUGCUGCAAUCUGCUAAGGAAAAGUCAGAAUUAUCUAAGAAAGAUGUAAUGAAUGAAGAUCACCUUACUCUUAUUGAGAAGGUUGAAAAGAAGAGGUGUGAAAUACUUAAUAAAUGGGAUGAAAUUCAAGCUCUUGAAAGAGAAAUUAAAACAACUUUGAUUCAUACUGGAAUUUUGCAUAUCACUGAAAAUAGGAUUAAAAGCAUAGAGACUGAAGCUAUAAAAUUGGAAACAGCAAAUAGAAUUUUAAAGAAGAAAAUGCAUGUUAUUGAAAACCAGGUGAAGCAGACCAUGGAGAAGAAUAAUAUGAGUGAGGAAGAGCAGCAGUAA